CUCCCCCCUCACAGCGUGACUAGCAGACGCUCACUCAGUGGUUUCAUGCUACGCUCGCUUGGGUUUCGGUAUCGGCAGGGUCAAUCUGUAAGGAUAAGGCCCCUUAUAGGAUUCCGCACUGUCCCCUGGCAAAAGCUUCCGCGUUUCUUGAACGGUUUCCCGACACAUAAGCGACAUCUAUGCUAGCUGAUUCUCCACCAGCCACCCAUCCCGCGUCCCACUCUCUCGCCCUUGAACAAACACCAUCUCAGUAUUCUACUGGUUGAGCUUUGCAUCGAUGUGCAUAUUGUGCUUCAUCCCAAAUGUAGAAGGCUGCUGAAAACGAACAGAGAGCCCACGUCCUCAAGGAUCACAUUACUCAUUCUCCCUCAUGCAGUCGUUUCCUCCGAAUCCUAUGAUAACUACAAAUGACGAUGAGCCCUGCGGAAGAGAGGCAUGCGCAGAUGCAGGGCUAUCCAUUCUCCAUCAUUACUUUCCUUUCCCGAUACCGAAUUUCAGAUGGACCAUCGCAGCGGUGGGGGGAAUUCCCGGCGUUUUAGAGGUCUGUGGAAGGACGACGACUACCUUGGUGUUAUCGAGCCCCUCAGUACGGCAGUGGAAAUGUUUUUCACACACCCUGAGUACCCACUGCAAGCAGAGGCAUCAUAUCCAUCGCCUCUUCUUCCUUCAUCCCUUCCCCCAACAUCGCUGGCACAGGGGGCGAGAUACUAUGCGGCAUAGACUAUUAAAGAUAAAGGGUGGUGCCGUACGCCAGCCAAACCAGGUAUUAGGAAUCAAUCAGCGGAAGACCGACUGCCGCGGUGAGAAAUCACAGUGGGGGCGAACCGACGGAGCUGCCCUCCAGGGGUGAACUAAUUUUGGGCACUUGGUGCGGCUUGGCACAACUACUUUGUGUGGACUUCAUCCUCAAGCAGCCGACCCAGCGAGGCAGCGCCAAUAAAGUCCC